AAAGUGGAGGCAGUGGCAGCGUUGCGUCAGUGUUGUCGUGGCCAUCAGUGGGGGAAGGCGUGUUGCAUUAGCUCCUCAUUGUACCUCCUCGUACCUCCACCUCGCCUCACCAUGGGAAUCCUCAUCGCCAAGUUGUGGAGUCUCUUUGGCAACGAAGAGCACAAGAUAGUGAUGGUGGGCCUGGAUAACGCGGGCAAGACCACCAUCCUGUACCAGCUGCUGAUGAACGAGGUGGUGCACACGUCGCCCACCAUCGGCAGCAACGUGGAGGAGGUGGUGUGGAAGAACCUGCACUUCAUCAUGUGGGACUUGGGCGGCCAGGAGUCCCUCAGAUCAGCCUGGAACACCUACUACACCAACACAGAGUUCGUCAUCUUGGUCAUAGACUCCACUGACCGGGAGCGCCUCAGCAUCACACGGGAGGAGCUGUACAAGAUGCUGGCCCACGAGGAGCUGUCGAGGGCGGCCGUGCUCAUCUAUGCCAACAAGCAGGAUGUGAAGGGGUCAAUGAGUGCUGCAGAGAUCUCCAGGCUCCUUAAUCUUACGUCCAUCAAGAAGCAUCGGUGGCAGAUACAAGGGUGCUGCGCCCUCACUGGGGAAGGGUUGUAUCAAGGCUUGGAGUGGAUCGGCAGCACUUUAAAGAGCAAAUGACGAAGCUACAAGCCGGUAGUGAGCGAUUGUCCCCGUCAGCUGUGAUGGUGAUGUGGUGGAGGGUGUGUGUGUACGUGCGUGUAUGUGUGCUGGAUCCUAAUGAUUGCGUUUAAAUUAUUUGAACAGUGACUAUGAGUGUAUAUCUGACUGUACAUUGGUAUGUAUGCAAGCAUGUAUGUGUGACUGUAUUCAUAUUAAUACUAAUGCGUUUUAUCUAAGUAUUCAAUCCGCAAUAGUUUUUACGGAAGUGCAUUUGGAGGGGAGAGAGAUGUUUGUGCAUGUGUUUGUGUGUGAGAGCAUGGUGAAGGUUUGGGAAGAAGCAUCUGUUGUCUAUUUUACGAGGCAUGGAAUUUACCUCAGUGUACUGGUUUUGUUGAUACAUAGCGGACACAUGUGUAUGGCGUAUAUGUGUGUAUCUAGGGUAUGUUUGCCAGCUGUACACAUCAUCCCUUUUUCUACUCAUACCAAGGAAAAACUUAAAAUUGAGCUUUAGUGUGAAAACUAAUUACUGUCAAAUGCUUAUCAGUUUACUUUGACGAUAGUUUGUUCUUGUUUCAAUUUAGCUUGCCAUAGUACAGUUUUUUCUUUCCUGGCAUGAGUACUAAUUGGGGUGGUGAGUGCAAAUUGGUAAAUCUGCAGCUCAUGCACAGUGAGGGUCAAGAGGGAGCAUUCAGACUCCUUCAGGGCUGUGUUCAAGUUCCUUCACACAGGCCGAGGAAAUUUAACAAGCGAUCGACGGUUUUAAGGAAGAAUUGAUUUGUAUGUUUAUUUAUUUAUUUUCUUUACACGUGGUUUCAGUAUGACAUCCUGAAGGACCGUUACGUUCCGAGACAUUGCACUGAUUAAACUUUUUUUGGUAUGAUCUCUAUAAGUUUCAUUUUUUAGUCUUUCAUUGUAAUUAUUAAGCAUAGGGUAGAUUUAGUACUAUCGAAUAUGCUGCAUAAUAUAUCAUUUGCACGAGUUCCUUAUCACUGUGGCGUUCGUUUCACAAAAUAAUCAUAAUUGAGGCAUCUGGAGGAGACAGGGCAUGAGGGACAGAGACAUUUCUUUCUAGUUUGCACUGGGAAAGACAGGCUACACAUCCCAGGAAGAACAAGAGACAAGUGGCAAGGGAAAAGUGACCCUUGGUACACCAAAUACAAGGUUGCUUUUUCCCUGCAACCUGUUUCUUGUUCUUUCUGCGACGCAUAGCCUGACUUUCUUAGUGGAAACAAAAAAAACAAAAAAAAUGGCUUUGUCCCUUGUGCCCCUCCUCCAGGUGUCUCAAGUGUUCUGAGGUGACAAAGUUUAUUGCCAUGACGACAUAGAUUUCCUGUCAUGGCUGUUAGUCUUGAGUCCCAUAACUCCUAAGUGUGUGUUGGUGCUGCCUUGAGGGUCACUUUCAGGAAGGUAUCAGCAAUUAUAAGCAAUAUUUAUGUAUACUGCAGGGCACUUAAGUCUGUCAUUACAUUUCCCUUAAACAGUUAGCUUGAGAAUUCAUCAUCACACCAUCUUUGCCAUUGUUUUCUCUUGUGUUGGCAGCCUUGAAACCCUAAUGGAUCUUUCUUUUGUCUUCUUUGAUCUUGUGCACAACACUUGGGAUGUGUGCCAAAGUUACUGUAGCGUGGGGUUUGCCGUGACCUGGGAUCCUCUUUUGUAUCAUCGGUUGGUUGCGCUUCAUCUGCAAAAGGAGAAAGACCCGUUACUCUGUUGGGUCCACUAGUAGCUUAGUGUUCCUCAUUGCCAAGUGUAGGUCGUGCAUCACCACACAAAACUCAGGACUAUCGCUUUCUCGUGCAGCGGCUAGGUGUCUCAGUGAUUGCAGAAGUGACAGGGUGAUAAUUCUUUAGCUUGCCAAGGUCGUGUAGCAUUCAGCACAAUUGGUGAUAACUAAGCACCUCUGUCAAACCCAUCCAGGUGUCAGACAAGUAGUUCAUUACAUCUAAUACUGGUCUUUGCAUGGCCCUUCUUUGAAUGGGUUGUGUUGUGUGGUUAUUGCUGUGGUCGUGGGUGAGGAUGGCAGGACUAGGAGAGGGGGGAGUAGCCUGUAAGACAUUCCAUCACUUCCUGUUUUGUGUUGUGGUGUCACUGUGAUUAGUCAUGGAUGAUUCCUGAGGUGUGCAGUUGUGUGUGAGGCAGAUGUCACUUCCUAGUCCCUUGCUUGGCCUCCUGCUUUCUGUAUGUGUGUGUGUGUGUGUGUGUGUGUGUGUGUGUGUUUGAGUGUGAGAGUAAUGAAUCCCAAGGUGGCCACAGGUGGGUCACUCCUUCCCUUGUUAGCCUUCAAGGCUCCAAGCAAUUUUACUGUUGUUCAGAUUUUCCCAUACAUGAAAAGAUGAAGAUAUUUUCCCCCUCUUGCCCAUUAGUAAAAUAAUUAAUGUGGUGUGAGUGCAAGGGCAACCGUUUGUCAGCUGUGCCUCACCUGCACUACCAAUGCAGCCUUGAGAAAUCUGAGUCAAGAGGUCUUUUAUUUCUACUCUAGUCAGUUAGAACAAAGUCAGUAGUCGUUGUGUUUAUGCUCGUUUUUGGCGAGACACAAAUGAGUGUGCGUCGAGUGGACUGUCCGGCAGGCUAGGCGUGUCUGGCAUCAGGCAGCCAUGUGUGUGUGUAUGCUGGCUUUAGGGGCUUGACAGUCAGUUGAUGGAGUGCUGUUGGUUCUCUGGCGUGGGAGAAGCAAGACUCAGUUACACCAGAGAUAAGCAAUAUAAUUCUUCACGGGAACAUGGCAGCAGAGUGAAGGACCCGUUUCCUGGUACAACAUGUGCAAUACUUACUUGAGGGAAAGUAUAAUCUGAAACUGAUGAAAGGAACCACCUUUCAUGUUUUGCUAUUUCUUGCUUAAAGUAAUGAAGGUAUUAAGGAUGGGUCAGUGUAAAUUAGUUGAAGAAUUAAAUGCCAUGGUUCUGCUCAGCUGAUAAGCUUCUGGUUACUAACACUUGAGAUAUUCUUACCUCUGUGACGUGUAGAUAUUAUCGUGUCGUGGCGGUGACCUCGUUUAGGCUUGUGUGCGGCUGAAUCUCAAUUCCUGUUAAGUGUGAAAGGCGUGUACACUGCUUCAUUUAGGUGUUUGUAUUUACUGCAGAAAUCAUGAACUAUUGGGAAGCAUUCAUCCUCACCUUGAGGGCUGACUUACUCUUCUUGUGGUUAAUACCAUUACAAACUGACCGACUCAGGUCCCUCAUGCUGAGACACCAAGUCUGGUUACCACACACCUGAAGAGGGAUUUUUGUUUGUCUCAACACAGGAGUGAUUUAGGUUGUGUUUUUGUCCCAUAAAAAUGUCAGAUUUCUCUUAAAGCCGAGGUGCUCCUUCAUCUCCACAGUAACUACAUUUGUUGCUGAUAACGGUGCUUGAGCAGCACCUUUAAAGCUAGCAUUGUUGACCCUAAAAAGAUAUAUUUCCUGUUAACCAAUUAAAAAAAUUAAAGAAAUUAUGUGAAGGCCAUUUGGAGGGGAAUGUGUACAGCCCAAGCAACAGUUAGAACAAAUCUUGUCUUCAAGGUCAUUUUUUUGUUUGGCCACAAAAAUAUACAGUUACAUACUUUCUAAUGGUAAAUAUUCCUGGAAGAAGUUUCAUCCCUUUUGAGUUUGGAAAGUGGGAAUUAAGACUAUACUUUAUUAUUGUAAGGGUCUUGGGAGUGGCUGUCACAGAAGCCUCCUGAUGGGCCUCACAUGUCCCUCUGCUCCUGAACAAGGAGUUUGGUCCACUAGAUUAAUCAAGCUCUUGUUGAGGCUGCAAGGCAUUGUUUGAUAGCCAUGAAUUGCUUUCGGGGAACAACAACAAUGGGAACUUUUGAUACAGUGCUUCUGGUAUCUCGUCACCCUCAAUUUUAUAUCAGCUGACUCAGUAUUAGGCAGGUUUUAGGCAUUUUGUAUGUGGGAGGCGAACUGUUGUCUAGGUUUUAUAUGGUUAUGUUUUUAUCUCGUUCAGUGAAACCUGGACGCCCAGCUUCUGGUCUGCCACAGUGGCAUGGAAGUUUUCUGUCAGACGUGUGUCACCCUCUUAGCCAGGCCUUCAAGUAGUGGUUAAUUUGCUGUCACCUUUAUUGCUCUGAGGGUCUGUGAGAGCUCAGUGUUAUACAGGACUAAGACUACUAAUUUGCUUUGUGAUAAAAUAUAAUACUGUGGGUAAUGCUUGUUUGAGGCUCCAGGCAGUAUUAAUUCUGUUGUGUUGGCAGUUUGUCUCUAAUCUCAUUGCCUCUCAGGGCAUUGCACACCUGUCCUGUAUCAUGUCCGCUAUUUAUUUCCCAAAGAUCCUACUCUCUGUGCCAUGUGGUUCAGGGUGUUGUCUAGACUUGUAAUGAUGGGAUAGACAAACACUGGAUAAACUAUAGUUAGUAUAUUCUUUGGGAAGCAAACAGAAUAACAUGAAUGUCUACAUGUGGAAAUUUGACAGGACAGGCAUGAACUGGCCCUGAGAAGCAACGAGAGAGAAACUGCUGACACUACAGAGUUAAUAUUGCCCAAAGUCCUUAGCCAUACCCAUACCCACAAGCAUGGGGUAUAAAAGUAAGCUUCUCCAGUUAUGUUUUAUUAGGAAGUGUUGUUAUAAUAAAUGCUGUAUGAUGAAAAGGUGCCUCUCAGCCUGCAGUAGUAAAGGUGGAAUGCCAUGUUGGAAGAGUCCCCAGCAGGUCUGGCUACCCGGGUAGAUGUGUGACAACCAGUGACAUGCGCUUUCAGAAGACUAUCCAUUAACAAUACCUGUGGAUAAAGUAAGCAUUGUUUUAUAGGGAAGAAAAGUUACCUGUACAUUUUAGUCACUGCUCAUUUAGGUAAUACAAUAAUAUGAGUUUAGCGCUGCAUACAGAAAUGCAGGAAGUCUGUACCUACCAGUUGAGGCUGUAUGGUCUGUGUUGUGGGUUUUUUACUGUUCACAAGUUCCACAAAACAUAUCUUUUCUAUACAUAUGACUGAGUGUUUUUGAUGUAAGGACAAGUAAUCUUUUUUAUAAGCAACUACACUUUCUAGCUCCUGUGUGUGUGUAUCAUUCAUGUUUGUAAAUAUGUAAAUUGGAGAGAGAGAGAGAGAGAGAGAGAGAGAGAGAGACCUAUCGUUGUUAUCCAUCUCUGUCUUCACAAACCCCCUCUGUCUACACAAAAUGCCCGGGCCCAUCCCUAAGUUGUCCACCCUCAGCCAUCUUCGGGCAGCCAGGGGGCGCAGGGCCGGGCCAGCUAAUAGUGCCGCGUCAAGUUGCGUGGCACCCAACACACCCACUACUACUGUUUUAUAAGUGUAAUGUACUGUACCAUGUUUCAUAAACUGUACAUAGGAAGAAAAAAGUUGUAUAUUUUCAAUAAGAAUAAUUUUAA